GUGUUAAAUAACCUGAACACACAAAUGGAUGUAAUAUGUAAUUUUAUGACAGUCUUUCAAUAAUCUAUUGCUUUUUAAUCGUUUGAUGCACAGCCACAGAUCCGCCGGCAUGACGUGUGUGCGUGGCUACUGCGUCAGGGGCCGUAACAGUUCACUUCCUGUAGAAGCCUCCGUAGACGCCUAAACAAAACAACAGUAUAAUGUUGCUGUGACCAUUUUUUUCACACAAAGCCUAACGGAUUGCUUUCAUUGAUACCUGUAAAAUAAAACUGAAAUAAAAAAGGCCUGAGAAACAACAAUCUGUUACAAUGACAUGGAAGGAUAUUUCAAAGGGAAUUCUUUUUGGUGCACUACUAUAUCUGACUUCCUUCUUUGGAUCAAUCGUUUUUCUGACCCCAAUCAUACCGAUCUUUAUUGUUUGGCCUUGUGUUGGUAGACACCUUAGUGACAUCUUUUUGUGGCUAUGGUACAUCUUAGCUGUGGCACUUUUUGAGCUUCUGCUUGGAGUGAAAAUUGUAAUCCAUGGUAAUCCAGCUCCACCUUUGGGCAGCACGCUUAUCCUUUGCAAUCAUCGCACACGCCUGGAAUGGCUUUUCCUGAUGUCCUAUCAGCUUCGCUGUGCUUCACUCAAAGAUUUCCGGAUUUCCCUAAAAGCUCCUUUAAAAAAAAUACCUGGGCCUGGAUGGGCAAUGCAAACAGCUGGGUUUCUUUUCCUGCACAGAGUAUGGAAUCAGGACAAGCACCGUAUCACACAAGCAAUGAGGUACUUCGCUCGCUGUUAUACUCGUCCUCAAUUUCUUCUCUUUCCUGAAGGAAUAGACUUCUGUGCUAGAGGUUUGGCAAAGAGCAAAUCUUUUGCUGAGAAGAAUGGAUUUCCCAUGUAUGAGUAUGUUCUACACCCUAGAACAACAGGCUUUAUUCAUUUUGUCAGCGAAAUGAGGAAAAAUAAUAUCCUGAAUUUUGUGGUUGAUGUGACUGUGGCUUAUCCUAAAAACAUUGUGCAUGAUGAGGUAGACCUCGUGAAGGGAAUUGCUCCAGAAGAAGUUCACAUAUAUGUGCAACAUUUUCCUGUCAGUGACAUCCCAGUUUCAGAAGAAAAACUAGAGGCAUGGUGUCAAGACCUUUGGAAGCAGAAGGAGAAUUAUCUUGCCAGGUUUUACGAACACAAAACAUUUUCAGUGAUAAGUCCAAAAGCUGCAGUCUCCAAAUCAAAAGAAAAAGAAAUCUACUUGCUUCUUUGGGCUGUAGUGGUGUUCUGGAGCAUGUUUCUGUUUGGGAUUUUGUAUUUAUUGAUCAUGUACUCUUUAUUUAAAUGGUACUGUCUUUUGAGUAUUUUUACGUUUGUUUACUUCCAAGCAUACUAUGGUGGGAUUGAUGAUUUUCUGUAUGCAUCUGAAAUUUAACAUGAAAUAAUUAGAUCUUCCUUAUGCACUCCUAAUUGCCAUUUUACUGGUAGCUGUACAGUAUGUCUCCUCUUGGGUGAGGUUAUUCUGUUAUGAGAAAUUUUAUGUCAUGAAGCAUUGUGGUAAACACAUUGCUAAGUUUGUUGCCAGAUCAAGUUUUAUGUCUCCUGAUAUCUCUCCUUCAGUCUAGUUUGCUCCUACAAGUCUUAUCCUCUUUAUCAGCCAUUGCAUUCCUUUCAUGCCAGAUACACCUUUGGUUAAACCUCGUGCUGUCUUCAGCCCCGCAAAUCAGUAUGGACUAGAGACCAACAGAUCAGUUAGGACUAGAGACUUUUCUUAGAAUUUAUCAUUCUUUCACAGAUUUUCUCUCUGCUUAUUCAUUCAUUCUCUCUAUUCUAGUUAACAAAUGUUUUAGCAAAUAUUAAUCAUCAUGUUAGCUAGCUGUGAGUCAUGAGUCACAUGAAACUGCUGCAAUAACUCCAAUGAAAUUAGACAUGACAUCUGAGGAGUUGUGGGUGCUUGUCAUCACUGCUAGGAUGCUUACAAUGGAUUUUAUUUUCUUUGAGAGGAACAAAUAGGUCUUUAUUAAUAAUUUACUUCAGGUUUGACAGUUGCUCUUGGUUACGGUUUAAGGUGAAUGAACAACCAAGUGACAGGUUAUUUAUAUGAGCUUAAAAUUUUAUGUGAGUGUAAAAAUCCUUGGUAAUUUCAAGGCAUAGGGAAAUCUGCAAGUGCUGACAAAAAUGCUCCCCCCAACACACAUAGCGCGCACGCACUAAAAAACAAAAAUCAAGUGGCUGAAUGGAGAGAAGGAGUGAGACUUAAAAGUCAAUAAGAGGACAGAAAGACCAACUAACAGAUUAGCUGUGCAAGUGCUACUGCCACAGAUGGUCUUGAAAAUGUGUUGCCAACUGACAGUCGCUGUAGUAACUGGCUGCUAUGAAUUUGAUUUUAAAACUGUUUAAAUGAAUUUAUCCUAAUUUGAAACAGAUGGGACGGUGUAGUUAGUGUAGGUAAGGGCACCCACACAGAUACUCUUGUUUACUUGUAAGAACUUUUUUUAAAAAGAUUUCUGCAACUCUUCCAUAGUAGUAUGCAGUAAUAGCAUUGUCCAGAAUUUUCCCUUGAAAUAUACUUUUUUGGUCAGCUGUCAUGUCAUCUUUAUUGCUAUUUUUUGCAUGGCUUUCUAUUGAUAAGACAUAUCAUAAAGUGUGGCAUGUAUUAACUAGAAGAUAUAUUUUGCAGCUUUAUUUAUUUGUGAAAGACAAGAAUCAGUUGUUUAUAGGCUGAUUUGUACAACAGAUUCUUGUAAUUUCAGUGGUGGAAAUACCCCCAAACAAUAACAAAGCAUAUUUGGUUCUUUGCUUAUACAGAAAAUUUAACCAAAAGCUGACUUUGUGCAACUUUUUCUGGAAAGGGGACAUUGCCUUGAAAAGUAUAAAACAUUUACCAGGUUCCUUAUUCUAGAAUGGUUUCUUCAGCCUACCUCUAGCAAACGUCUCCCUUCACUAGUCAAUUAUGGAAAAAGUUUGUUGGUAAACUUAAUAAGGUACAGGCAACAUAAUUUUAUAGAGCACAAAGUUAUUUUGAGCUUUAUAUUUUAAGCCGUUCUCUUAUCUGCUUCAAAACUGUCUCAAACAAGCAAAAACAAAUGAUAUUGUUUCGAAUAUUUUGUUUUAGUGCAGUUUAUGCUUGUUUCUGCAGAUGAACAAUGUCUACCAUUUUUACGCCUGUGAAAUAUAGAGUGGACCAUUGCCCUUCAUCUCGUUCCUUCAUAUAUGACACUUUCUUGACUUUGCGUAUCUUGCAUAUCAUAUAGGUCAAGGGCAUUUGACACAACAUUUUAUAUGAGCAAUUACUAUGCCAAAUAUAGCACAUUUGUUUAUCAGUUUGAUUUUUAUGUUUAUUGUUAUAAGUUUUGACUUCAUCUCCUUUUAUUUUUUCUGCAUAGUUUAAAAUGUGGGAAUUUUAAAACAAGUACCAUAAAAGUAUCAUUCUUCUGACUAUACUGAAAUGGUAGAGAUUUUUGGACUAAAAACUUUGGUUGUUAAAGAAGUGAUUUAUAUGCUUUUUUUUCUAUUGUUUUUGUGCAAAAUAUUGAUUGGUCAGUUUGGUUGCUAAGGAAGCACAUAUACAGUUGAUGCAGCAUUGUUUACAUUUCUAGAAUAGUAGUGUGGGCAUCUUGCUUGAUUGCUCAAUAUUUAGGACCUUACUAGAAUAGUAGUAUGGGCAUCUUGUUUAAGAGAAGAAAUUUAAAUGUGUAAAACUUCGGUACUAAAUAUUUUGGAUGCAUGGUUUACUGCUCCUUAUAUGUAUUUCUGGUUAUUUUCGCUUGCUGCAGGGGAAUGAUGAUUACUAUCACUGUUUAAUGCUAAGGAACCACCUACCUUUAUUUGGUUUAUUUCAUUAAACUUAAUCAGUUGCAUAUUAACAUCUUGCUAGAUUUGAAUAUAAAAACUGCUGUCUUCAUGACAAGCGUUAAACUGCUGCAUUUCUGCACCACCCCAGGUUAAGAAGCCUCUUCAAAGAGAGCAAGUGUUAGCCUUUAAAAAGAGGACAAAUUUUCUUUCUCAUAUGUAGAUACCAUAUAAGAAAAGGUGCUUACAGUAGCAAAGCAAAAAAAAAAAAAUAUGGAUUGAAAAACCUGUUGUUUGAUUGCAAAGGGUUUCAGUCAUACCACAUCAGGCAUGCUGCCAGUAGGUGUGGCCAUCUCCUCAACUUGUCUUCCUAUUAAGCCAGUACAACUGGAGAUUUUCACAACUGAUUCUGUAUAAAUUACUUACUAAAAGUUUUUUUUAAAAGCUUGUUUUCAUAUAAACAGUUCUGAAACUUAUUUGGUUUUGGGAAUAAGGUACCAGUUUGUAGUAAUGAGUUGAUUUUUUUUCACAUGAUAACUGGGACACUGGUUUUUGCUUUAAUGUUAUGUUCCACAUACAAGAUGGAAAGGAAGUGUUACAAGCUCAGUAGUACAGACAUUUUGGAGCAGUAACUAAGAUAUAUAUAAAUGGAGAAAGAAAAAAGUAUACAUAUAUGAAACAAAGAUCACAUGAUAUUAUUGUUUAUAAAUUGUGUACUUCAUAAAUGCAUAUCCAGAGCAUUGUGCAUUUAUUAUAAUUGCGUAUGAUGUUAUAUAUCUUAUUAAUAAAAAAUUGUGUGUGGUGAUCAUGUGUGUGCAUGCAUGUCAGAGAUCAACUUGCUGACCCAGUUCCUGGGCGCAAAGAAUGCAUCGGGGUCAGGAUUGGGCAGCAAAGGGCCUCAAGUAAAACACAAGAUCCAAAAGUGAGAAUAUCAAGUAUUGUCUUCUGUAGUUUAUUUCUUGUUGCUACUUUGAGGAGUGUAGGGCCACAACAGUCGUCUGCUGUAAUGAGAGAAAAUGCACGGUUCUGUGAAAAUAGUGGUAAGGAAGUGUCAGUCACAAGCGCAUUUUUGUGGAAUUAGGUUCUUCUGUGUUUUAGUCUGAACCAUCCAUAUGUCAUCCGUUUAAAGAUGAAAAGAUCAGAACUCUGCUAAUAACAGAUAAGAUGUAAAACCUUUACUGCCUGUUUAUAGUUAUUACUGCCUGUUUAUAGUUCCCUUCAAUAUAACACCGCUGCCAAAACUUACCUUAGAAAUCUGCUUUCCAGGUGUCUGGCCAAUUUUGGAAUUAUGCAUUAAGUGCAACUUUUAAAGGGAAAGCUACAUGAAUUAGUAAUGUUGCAUUAGAUUUAUUAUUGUAGCUGCAAAAUAUUUGUAUGAAAGAUAAGUUUAUGAAAGCAGCUUGUUUUAUGUGGUACAUUUCACCAGAGCGCUGCUAUAACAGACACGGCGCAGCUUGACAUCCAUUGAGCACAAUUCGAGAAAGUGCAAAGUGCUUAUUUUAGGGUUCUGUGAUGGAGACUAAAUAGUUCUUAUAAUUCAAAGCGUAUCACAGCUAACAGAAACAUAACUCAGACUGGAAAAAAAUUGUAGCAGUUUCUCUAGUCAUGAUUUGCAACAUAUUCUGAUUUUCUACUUUUUUCUGCUUUAUGGCAGACUUAAGGGAUGACUCCUGUGGCAUCAAUAUUCCACAGUGUGUUAUGAUAAACAAUUUUUCAUGUCAAAUAAUGAAUCUGUUUAACCACUUAUUGUUAAAUUUCAAAUGAGCUCUCAAAUAUUGUUACCUGUCAUGUUUAGUUUGAUUAAAGGCACAAUCAUGAA